GGUCUGAAUAGUGGCAGCCUUAAAAUUAAGUUCUUGCCCCUAGUGAAUUCAACAAUUACAAAAGUGUAUGUUCGUAAUGAUUAAAUUAAUAAUGUCCUUAAUAAUUAAUAAGAUUAUUAUAACAUAACGACUGAAAAAUUAUAAGAUAAAUAGGAGUGAGAUACUCACUGGACUGCAGUUUUUGUCACACUCGGCACAGACUGCAGUGCAGUGGGGAAAAAAAAAAUGUACACCCAAGAAAUAGUCGUAAUCAACAGUUAUCUGUAAGCCUAAUUAUUAUGCUGGCUACUUACUUAAAGGCCCCACCAAUAUAUGUGGCCCUUAAAUUGCUAGUAAAAAAACAACUAAUGAUAGUAGCUAUUAAUACUAAUUACUAUAAACACUUUAUGUAAUCAGCAUCACCAUGUUACUGAACCUGGGCUUUCUCUUUAUUCUGAUUGUUCAUUGGUCGAAAGUUAUCAUCAGAGUCAGCGUUUCUCAAUCUCUGAUUUUCGAGUUGUAGGAAUAUAAUUAUCUUUUUUUAAACGAUUUAAAUUUUAGAAUAUAUCAACUAAAUUUAUAAUAAAUAAAAUUAUUUUAAGUGAAAACUCUUUAGAGGGAAUGACAGUGAAUAUAUUAAAUUAUAAUUAGUUAUUUUUUACGUAAUUAAUUGAGAAUGGCUUGUUUUAAAUAUAACUAUAUAUUUUAUUUUUAGAAACAGAAGAGUUCUUCGGAAUCUAAAAUUACAUUUGUACCCUUGCCUACCAAGAGCUAAGAUGGCGAAGGUCGUAACUUAUUUUACAAGUAAAGGGAACGGUAAGUUAUUAUAUUAUUAAGACAUGCAAUUUGAGUAUUUUAAAGAAUUAGUUUGCUGAAUUGGGUCCUUUGUAUAUCAAGAACAAAGCACAGGUGGCUUACAGUCACAGUUUGCUCUGUUAACACAAUAUGUUCAGGUCACAACCAAUUAUCGAUAUGCUGUCUAAAAGUAGGCUAUACUACUUAAAUCACAUACUCAUAUACAUUAUUAUGCUUCUGUUGCGUCCUGUUGCCUCUUCAAAACUGGUCCACUCCCCCAUCCAUCAAUUGAAGGUUUACAGAAUCCAGUUUUAAAUUGUUAUUGGCUAUUAAGAUUUCUUCCAACCUGUUACUAUUACACACUCACACUGCAAGGUCAGGUUGGUUGACAUUUAUCAUUUAUGAAAUUUAAAUUAAUUUAUAAUUGGAAAGUGUGAAAGUGUCUGUUGAAUGUUUUGAUAUUUUACAAGAGCGUAACUGGCAGUGGACAUUUUUUAUAUUUAACAAGAUCAUUGCUGCCUGUUGAAAAAGUGUCUGUUUGUAAAAACUGACUAAGCAACUGCUCUAUUGAAUUAGUAUACCACAGUUUAGUAAUACAAGUAGAAGUCAGCAGAAAGGGGUAAAUGUUUGGUGAGGUGUCAACUACUCGCUGGCAAAUUAUUUUACUAGAACUUUCAGUUUACCAUGCUCGUGACUGGGUAUUUGAAUCGCACUGAAUAAAGUAAUUAUUUCUAUGCUUUACUGUUAAUGUUUGAAUUUACCACCUUUAUGUAUAAAUAACAAAUAAUUUAUUGUAUAAAAACUUAUAACAAAAGGGUGCUAGACUUAUUGUAAACUUAAUUAAGGACGCCAUAAAUAUUUGCAUGAAAUCUAUACCAAAUCUGUAUCAAUAGUCUUAACCAGAUACAUUUCUUUUUUUUUAGCCAUUCUUACUGCAGCCAAACCCAGGUUAAACACAGUAUGGAAAUAUGCAAAAGUUGAGCUUCGCCCACCUACAGUAAAAGAAUUGCCAGAAGUUCAAGUUGGGAUCCAAAAAUUGAUUGUGUCCGGAACAACUGGUAAAUGGAGGCAUCUCACAGUCAAGGUAAGUCAGUCGUCACCUGCUGCAUUAAAAUGAGCUUCUUCACUUAAGCUAUCACGCAGUUGACAAAGGGGGUGGAUGAGUUUGACAUUAGUUCUAAUUUUUCUAGUGUGUUCCCUACAUCACCACUUUCAUUUACCUAUGUAUAAUUUAUUUAAAUCUAUAGUAUGCCAUUAAGUGGGUUCUAAAUGCUAGGUGGAUGGCUCUUGCUUUAAAGUGAUGCUGCUUUUAAAUUUAUAAAGGUGCUUAACAUAUAAAAAAUUGCCUCACACUGGGUAUAAGACUUCAAAAUUGUCUUUCUUUAUUGUGUUGUUUAAUAAAUUAAAUGUUAAGAAACUUAAAGGUUUGCCUCUUGUUUGCUUUAUCAAUAAACGAUCUUCUACACUUUUCAGGAAGCAUGGUUGAAUACAUUGGUCGGGGCUGAGAUACUUUUUUGGUUCUUUGCUGGAGAGUGCAUUGGCAAGGGAAGCAUCAUUGGAUACAACAUACCCGGCGCCACAAACUGGGACAUACAUUUUUAACAUGCCUAGAUUUUCCAAUUCUUGUGUUUGUAUGAGUGAUGGACAUUUCAGAUCUACGACAAAUAGGUUGUUAUGUAGUAGUCAUUUGUCAAAGAAGUAUGAGCUUAUUUUGUUAACUGGUUUUGGAAGAGAAAAAACUUUAAUUCUUCAACACAAAUGGACAGAGUUGAAGCAUAUUAAAAGUGCAUAAAUUUUAUUUGAGAAUUGUUGAAUUGGUUUUUUUUUCUUUUUAAAUGGACAUAGUUUUGUCUUGUACUUGUAUCUAAAUUUGUACUUAAAAUUAAUUUUGACUUUUUAAAAAUCUUGAUAAAAGUCAGAGGGAGAUGAAAUAGCCUCAUUCAGAUACAAAUAUAGACUCGGAUUCAGAUACAAACGUAAUUUUGAUGUUAAAUAAUGCUGUGAUUAACAUAACCCAAUUAAAGAUCAGUCCUGCUACUUUUUAAUACCACCUCACCCUGGUCACUGCACCCACAAGAAACACUAAUAUUGUAGGGCAUUUCAAUUCAAUAUUUCACAAUUAUUACUUUUCUCCCUUAUUAGUGUAAGAGGUUCCAAAAAUAUCUAAAUUGUGCUUGAUCGUCUAAGAAAAGUAGGCUUUACGAUGAUUUGAUUUUUUAAAGAAAUAGCACAUUAGAUUAUAUUAUAUACUGUUUAAAAAAUAUUUUUUGGGGAUUAUAUUUUAAACUAAAUUAUUUAGUUUUGAAAAAAAAUAUUUCAAAUUGUCAACCUCGUGACUGAAAAUUAUAUAGUCAACACUUGGUUCCUCUAAAACUUGGGCCAACCUCUCUAUAUGAAUAGAGCAUUAAUAAAAGCAAUGAUGGACAAGAUCUGCUAUCCAUGGAUUUGGAGUAGGCUUGUCUGCUCCGGACAAAUUUUACUUUGCUCCAGAAAAAUUGAAAAACUAAUUUUAUAUCAAAUAUUACGUUUGCACAGAUUGAUCUGCAGAUGAUCGGUGUUAAGUCUAACCUGCCCUUUUGUCAAUUUAUGUCCAAGUUAGUCACAUAGUGUCCUUAAUGACCAAGUUAGUCACUGUUCUUUUUAUUAUUUUUUUGUACCACAUGCUUAAUUGAUAACAACAUAUUAAUUUGCCGUUAAAUAGCUGGAACGCAAUUAUUUAAAAUACAAUCCAUUCCAAAGGAUCACGAUAAUUUUUUUAUCAGGGAAAGGUGGUUCAGGGGAUGUUUUUAAUGGAAUAUGUUCAGUAGUGUCACUUACAGUACGGUACCCAUCUUAUUAGAAAAAUGCAUGAACCAGCAAAAUAUCUAAAUAUCUGGCAGAAGAGUGGGGCAACGCACCUGAUGGAAAGGGUGGGGCAUCAAUUUUUUAAAAAUUAAUUUUUUUAAAAUUGAGACUCACCCCGAGUCCCACUUUUCUGCUAUCUUUAAAUUUAAAAUCCAUAAAUAAAGUAAAAUACCUUUGACACUACACUGUAAUUACUGUACCGUAAUAAAAGGGAGAAUACCCUUCGGGGCAAACAAAUCUGUAAAUACAUAGUAAUAGUAUACCGGUACUCUCCUUGAUUUAAAAAACAGUUGCACAAUUAUAAUGAACAAAACGUUUUAAUAUUUCUCGAUUUCCUGAUCAAACCAAUGUAUUAGUAUGUAUGGAACAAGUUUUUAUAAAGACAUGAAAACACAACAACAACAAAAAAUUCAAGUCAGGAUCAAUAAUGCUGCGUA